AGCCGACGAGGGUCGAGCGCGGGCCGGGCCUGAAGGAAGUUAGCGGCAGAACCUCCCCAGGUCGCGGUGGCGAGGGACUCGGACCCCAUGGCGACCCCAGAGGCCAGCGGCAGCGGCGGGAACGGCGAGGGCAGCGACCCCUCCGUCACCUACUUCCGGCUGGAGGAGGUGGCGAAGCGAAACUCCGCGGAGGAGACGUGGAUGGUGAUCCACGGGCGAGUCUACGAUAUCACCCGCUUCCUCAGCGAGCAUCCUGGUGGGGAAGAGGUUCUGCUGGAACAAGCUGGUGCUGAUGCAACGGAAAGCUUUGAAGAUGUUGGCCACUCCCCUGAUGCCAGGGAAAUGCUAAAGCAGUACUACAUUGGUGAUGUCCAUCCGAGUGACCUUAAACCCAAAGGUAGUAACAAGGAUCCUUCAAAGAGCAGUACGUGCAAAAGUUGCUGGGCAUAUUGGAUUCUCCCCGUCGUGGGCGCUAUUCUUGUAGGUUUCCUGUAUCGUCACUUCACGAGCGACAGCAAAUCCUCCUGAGGAGACCGUGCUGAUGUGUGGGAGCGCAUGCUCCAGGGAGUGAGAAGUAGAGACUGACUUUGGAGGCUGCAGCAAUGCUUCCUCCUUGAAUCCUGCCAGUUCCCUCACUUGAAGCCAAGAUGGUUGACCAGAUGUCUAUCCUCCUUCAAUCUAGGACCAGGGUCCUUGCCAGCCAGAGCCUGAUGCCCAGAGCAGCUACUCACAUUGUGUCCUUGCCAGGGUUUCUUCUCACUGGCUUCCACUUGUUCCCUUCAUUUCAAGAGUUAAUACUGAUGAUUAGAGUUCCUAUGUUGUAUUGGCAUGGCCUUUGGGGACAAGAUAUGAUUUCUGAUACUUUGAAUUUGCAUUAGAUAUAUUUAAGGGGACAGUACUCUAGUUUUGAAUCUUUUCCUGUUUUUCUUUUAAGUAAAAUUUUUUUUUUAAUUCUGAUUUAAUUUUGUCAUUAUCAUAAGGGGUUUAAUUCAUGAAGUUAAGAUGUGUCUCUCUUAGUUAAAACAUAGCUGCCAAUCAUCUUGUUUAUGAUUAUUAAAAGUAAGGGGCCUGAAAGAUAGAUCUUAGGGUAAAAGCAAUUGCCACAAAGCCUGAUGACCUGAGUUUCAUUCCCUGGACCCACAUGGUAAAAGGAGAGAAUCAAUUCCCAAAAGUUGUUUUCUGACCUCUACAUGGAUGCUGUGGCCCUAGUGUACAUGCACAGGUACACACUUUUAGACAUAACACACACAGGCACAGGCCAAGCACACAUUAAACAAAUGUAAUUUAAAAAAUAUAUUCAAAUAUUAAUAAUAAAAAUUAAAAAAACAAAAGGACUAUGUGGUUUUCUCCCUCCCAGAUAGUGUAGCUGAUGGCACCUCCCGUCCCUAAGUCCAGACCCUUUCUUCCCAAGAGUACUUUAUAAAACUCUGCAUCCCUUUGUUUCUUAGGUGUAGAAAAGCUGAAGAAAGGGACCAGUGAGUUAAGGUGAAUUCAGAAUAAUCUCUUUUAAAAAGGGAACAUAACAUCGCUUACAGGACAGUAGUUUAAAGAAGCGAGCGACUUGCUCUCUCUGCCCGACACCAGUUUCUGAUAGUCUUCCACCCUGGCUGUCUUUACUGGGGAAAGAUGAGUGUUACCCUGGAGCUUCCCUAAAGCCUGGGAUUAUGUCUGUGGGGCUUCACAGAAGGCUCUUGCUGCUUUUCUGUUUACCCAUGAACAAAGUUUUGAUUCCAUGUUUUACCAAAGUAAGAGACUCAAGUUUGGCCUUAUCUCGGUAAAAUAACUAACAUAUAAAUGUCUUUGUCGGGGCAUGCCGCUUCAGAUCGGUAAACAUUGCCAAGAGACUUCUGUUCUCGUCUGUGGUUUACCUCCAUGGCUCCAACUUGGUGAUCUUGUUCUACUUUUCUUUUGAGGAUUAUUAUGAUAAGUCUGGAAGCUUCCCCCCUCCCUUGGAUAUGAAUUUCAUUGGAAAAGUAGUUAAUCGUUUAAAAUUACUGUUUCUCAUUGGCCCAGGCAUUUUCCUGGCAUCUUUGACUUCAUUCUUUUCCUGUGGCGGUACCUGACAGUUUUCCAGCUGUUUUUUACCCAUUAGCUAUGAUUUUCCAGCACAUCCUUUGUUCAUUACCAGUCUGCUUCUGGGCUGUUGUCACAUCCAGCAGGAAGCCAUUCAAUUCUAGAAGGACCAGAGAUGCUGGGAAGUGUCUCCUGCCUCCCUUCCAGCUUGCCAGGGGCUUGACAGGACAGGAAACUGCACAUUAAACCAGUCUGCCAUGCAAACUAUUUAAGAAAAAGUUCAGCCCAGGACUUCUAUCCUAUGAUUUAGCAGUUGAAUGAAUUCAGAAUUCAUCCAACUAGCAUUAGCCUUUUCCUUACAUACUUGUAUAUGAUAUUUUAGAGUAACUUCUAGAUGACUUUUAUAUAUCAGAGAUACAGACUUGAACUUUCUCUUUAGAGAUGUCUAUGAUAUGAUAGAUUGAAUAAGAGUCGUCAUUCUAUAACAAGUGGCGUGACUGAGUACGCCUCCACUUAAAGGUGAAGAAGGCUUUGUGCAAUGAGGCCUGGAGUCCACUUCUGGGCUAGCCAGGCUACAUGGAAACAACAGAGGCACACGGAGGUACAAGAAGGGAAUGUUCAAGCUGACACUAAGCCUGAAGAUCACUUGGAUCAGUUGUGAAUAUGUUGGCAAUCGGCUUUACAUCCAUUGAAAAAUUUCUGGUUAUAGGAAAUGUUAAGAACUGUUUUUGGCUGGGCAGUGGUGGUGCACGCCUUUAAUCCCAGCACUUGUGAGGCAGAGGCAGGAGGAUCUCUGGAUUCAAGGCCAGCUUAGUCUACAGAGCAAGUUCCAGGACAGCCAGAACUAUAUAGAGAGACCUUGUCUCAACACCCCCCACAAAAAUGAACUGUAUUUUUUAAGUAAAAUUGGUGUUUUGAUAUUUCUAUGGUAAACAUCAAUACAAAAAUCGCGUUUUCCUGCUUCACAUCUAUGUCCUCUCCCUGCCUUUAUCUGAGCUUGUUUCUUUUACUGAGAGCCAGAAGGAAAAGAUUUUCAUACUUUUGUCUUUGCCAUUUGUGAAAUCCAUCUAAUACCCAGGGCUUCUUUUGAACCACUGAUAAUGUCAUGUCAUUUUAUAUUAUAAAAAGUUGCUUUUUUUUUUUUUUUUUUUUUUGGCCAGGCAUGGUGGUGCAUGACUUUAUUCCCAGCGCUUGGAGGCAGAGGCAGACAGUUCUUGAGUUUUAGGCCAGCCUGGUCUACGUAGCAAGCUUCAGGCCAGCCAAAGCUACAUAGUGAGACUGUCUCAAAACAAAACAAAAUCACAAAACCCCUUUUAGGUCUGUCUGCUCUAAUUCUGUUGCCUACAGAAACAGCUAGGGGAGGAGGGAGGUCUUAGCUGAGAGUUUGUUAAGGCUUUUCCUGAACAAAGCAAUACAGCAUGUGCACCAAACGCAUUAAGAAAGACUGAACUUGUUAAAGAAGCCUUGACAUUUGUGGGUCAUGCAGACUGUCCCUGUUGGCUGGCAGUACCCCCAACUUGUGGGGUGUUUGGUUGUUUAUUCUUGAAGUGGCCCGCUGCCACCAAACACAAAAGAGGGAAUUUGUGCGACCGAGACACACGGUGUUACUGCCCAUUCUCUUCAAGUUCCUACCUGGCCCUGGGAGCUGGUGUUCCUUUCUGCAUGUGUGUAAAGAAAGUGACUGCAUGUGUGUAAAGAAAGCAAUGGGACGCAGUUUAUGGGCUGUGUUUACAACUCCUUGUGUGAUUACUUCAGCAGAGUCUGUCCAAAGCUAUCGUUUGAGCUAUGGGCUCUUUGAGCAGUGCCACUGGGGCUGAUGGUGUUGGGUGUGUGCUCAUUUCGUGCUGCUGUGGAGCAGAGAGAAGUGCUUUUACAAGACGGAUGUGUCAUCACGUGUGGCACUCACACUUCAUCUCAGGUGAUACCUGUCUGGCUGAAGUCCACCUGGGUGGCUGAAGCAGAGCGUGACUGUUGUUGCCUCCUACCCCAAGGGAAAUGCACCCAGACAUGGCAUGUCUCAACAAGAAACUGAAGUUUUAAAGCUGUGCGAUUCAGUUGCCAGAUAGCGCCAAAGUAACGGAGAGCUCCGUCAUAUUUGGCCAGCUCUGGAAUUUGUGGGGGUGACCUAGGAGGGGGUUUCUGAAGAAGCAGAGACGUGCCAGUCACCUGCCUUAUACCCAGUGUCUUACUCAAGAAUUUCAGUGGUCACUCCUUGCCCACGCCUGUAUCGCCUACACCGGCUGCUUGGGCAGAACACCGUUUCAGUUUUUUAACUUGCUUUUUACUGCACCCUCCACUGUGAGUAACUAAUAUUGACAUUCCUUCUGUGUAUUCAGUGAUGGAGUUUGUUUACCUAUUUGAUUUCAGCUUAUUUUGAACAAAGAUCUUUGUCUCUUUCUACUGGAAUGUGCACACAGUGAAUGUUUGUUAGAACUACACAAUAAAGAUACUGUUUUCCUUUUCUUGUCCUGA